AUGCCUCGAGCUCUCACUCUACAGCACAUCGAAGGCGCAAAGCCAGGCAAGGUUUACUAUCCACUUCAGAUCAAGGAUGUGCCCAAACCAACACCGGGCCCAACUGAGGUUCUAGUUAACCUCUCGGCGGCUGCGCUCAACCAUCGUGAUCUCUUCAUGCGCCGCCAUCUCUACCCAGCCAUCUCAUUCACCAACCCCAUCCUGGCAGACGGCUAUGGUACUGUUGUUGCUCUCGGGCCCAAUGUAACCCGACAGGAACUCCUCAACAAGCCUGUCAUUCUCACACCGAUGCGCGGCUGGGACUCGGAUCCUGCCGCCCCAGAGGAUAGCCGCAAGUUUACAGUCACUGGUGGCUCCAAGCUCACUGAAGUCGGCACCGCUCAGGACUACAUUGCUGUGUCAGAAGAAGAGGUUGAACUCGCACCCGAGCACCUCACACCCGCCGAGGGUGCAGCUCUGCCUCUUGUUGGUCUCACAGGCUGGCGCGCGCUUGUCACCAAGAGCAACGCUGCCUUCCCAGGCGCAAAUGUGCUUCUGACAGGCAUCGGCGGCGGUGUCGCGCUGCAAGUACUCCAGUUCGCUGUGGCGAAGGGCUGCAAUGUAUUCGUUACAUCUGGUGACGAAGCAAAGAUCGUAAAGGCCAGGGAGAUGGGCGCACGGGGCGGAGUUGUUUACAAGAACGAGGCCUGGGAUAAAGAGCUUCGAGCACAACUGCCAGCUGACCGGCCAUAUAUCGAUGCUGUUAUUGAUGGCGCAGGUGGCGAGAUCGUGAGCAAAACUGUGCGGUUGCUCAAAGCCGGCGGAGUGAUUGUUCAGUAUGGCAUGACUGUUUCUCCAAAGAUGGACUGGCUUAUGUCUGCGAAUCUGCAAAACAUCGAGCUGAAGGGAUCCACAAUGGGAUCUCGCAAGGAGUUCCGGGAUAUGGUGGCGUUUGUCAACGAUAAGAAGAUCCGGCCUAUUGUCAGCAGAACGGUCAAGGGAUUGGACAACAUUCAGGGUAUUGAUGACCUUUUCCAAGAUAUGGACAAGGGCAAGCAGUUUGGAAAACUGGUGAUUGAGUGGGAUUCCGGCAAUGACGCAUCCUCAAAGUUGUAAACGAACGGUUGACAAAUCUCAUGUAAUGCCUUGACACAAAUAUUAGAGAUAACUGGUCGAAAGAAAUU